CUACUCAUUAACAUUUUACAAACUAACUCACCCCCACUCAAUAAAUAGUCAUGUCCAUGACCAUACGGCAAAUUGCAAAAUAAAGGUUGCGCAAACGGGGAAUAAAAAAUGAUUGUGCGGCGCAUCACUAUAUAAAGCAAUAUAUAUAUAAUUAAAGAAUUCCCAAUUCCCGCCCAUGAUAAUUAUAGUAGAGUAGAGUAUAUAGUUAUAGUUACUAAAGUGUAGAAGAUGUCUAUUUCAUCAUCGUCUAGUUAUUAUCAAUUACAACCUCAUUCUGAAGAAAUGGAGGAGGGAGAACAAUCUCAAACUCAAUCUCAAUCUCAUCAUGACCAUCAUGAUCUUUUACCUACAACAUAUGAAAUUGAAGAACAAAAUAAUUUAGAUAGAACAUUCUUUAAGAUUAGAUAUAGAUCUAACUCUGUGGUAAGUCAUACAUCAUCUACUACUGAAUUAUCAACCAAUGUUCAAUUACCUACUAUAAAAGUAUUAGGAACUGGAGGUACUAUAGCAUCAAAAGGUACAACAUCUCAUCAAACUGCUGGUUAUGAAGUUGAUUUAACUAUUGAACAAUUAAUUGAAAGUAUUCCUGAUAUUUCAACUACUUGUCUUUUAGAAUAUGAACAAAUCUUUAAUAUUGAUUCAAAAGAAUUUGAUAUUCGACAAUUAUUACAACUUUAUGCAAAAAUUGUUGAAGAUUUAAAUAAUUAUGAUGGAAUUGUUAUAACUCAUGGUACAGAUACUAUGGAAGAAACUGCAUUCUUUUUACAAUCAACAAUUAAUACGUUUAAACCAAUAGUUAUUUGUGGUUCAAUGCGUCCUUCAACUGCUAUUUCAUCAGAUGGACCAAUGAACCUUUAUCAAGCUAUUGUUAUUGCUUCAAGUCGUGAAUCAAGAGGUAGAGGAGUACUUAUUGCUCUUAAUGAUAGAAUAGGUUCUGGUUAUUAUAUAACCAAAUCAAAUGCUAAUUCUCUUGAUACUUUUAAAUCUAUUGGUCAAGGUUAUGUAGGGAAUUUUGUUAAUAAUGAAAUUCAUUAUUAUUUCCCUCCUGCAAAACCUCUUGGUUUAACUUAUUUUAAUAUUACAGUAAAUGAUCCAAUUACUGAUCAACUUCCUCAAGUUCCAAUUAUAUAUGCUCAUCAAGGACUUGAUAAUCGGAUAUUUAAAUUAACUAUUGAAGGUUUAAAUGCAGCUGGAUUAGUUAUAGCUACUAUGGGAGCUGGUUCACUUAGUGAUAAUACAAAUACUUAUUUAUCUGAAUUAGUUUCUCAAACUGAAUUUCCAAUUGUUUAUGCAAAACGUUCAAUGGAUGGUAUGGUCCCAAUUGGGGCACUUCCAAGAGUUCCAAUUAUUAAUGAAGAUUAUGAAAUUAAUAAAGGAUCAAUAAUAUUUAAUAAUGCAAUUGCUGGUGGAUAUCUUAAUCCUCAAAAGGCAAGAAUUUUACUUCAAUUAUGUUUAAAGCAAAAUAUGAAUUUAAAGGAAAUUAAGAAAGUGUUUAAAGGGGUUUAAUAAUAUAUAGAUAGAUACUUAGAUACAUAGAUAGAUAGAUAGAUUAAUAUAACAU